AUGACCUAUCAAAACAAUUCUGGCAUAGAAAAGGAAAUAUCUUUCUGUCUCUUCUGGUUCAUCCCCUGGCUGGAUGCCAUCCAGAAAGUGGACUUGCGGACCGCUUCCUUCACCAUCCAGCCACAAGAGGUUCUGACUGCAGACGGGGUUCCAUUAAUGGUGGAUGCUGUUGUGUUUUACCGAGUGGUGGACCCCUCGCUCUGGGUGACACGUGUUGAAAAUGGCCACACACUCUCUGGCCCAAACGACCCUGAAUGGCACGCUGGGCACACACACUCUGACAGACAUACUGUUACAGAGGACAAGCAUGGCAAAGAGGUGCUCUACUCUGCAUCCAGACUGUGGGGCGUUCAGGUGCAGCGGGUGGAGCUGAAAAAUGUGACUCUUCCCUUCACCCUACAGCGCAGCAUGGCUUCAGAGGCCGAGGCCAUCGGGAAGGCCAGGGCCAUGUACACAAACACACACACACACCGGCUAUCUCACACACUCCUGUUAUAAAACACACAAAGCUCUCCAUCUGUUUAUUUAAUCACUGCAAGUUGCUGUGAAGACCAGGUAUCGCCACCGC